GUCCAAAGAAGACAGCAUUGACAAACGGUCAGCUCUUACGAGGCAUCACUGAACCACGCCAAAUUGGAUACAAGGCUCUAUCUUCACCCAUUCACCGGCUACCUGCGCAUCAUUCUCAUCCUCGUAAGGAUCCCUGUUACCGCAGCUGCAGGAGUCCAACGUCAUCGCUUCCCCUUCAUUCAAGACUCAUAAUCGCCCUUUGUCAAAAGACAAAUGCAUGUUUGAUAUCAACAACACCAAACCCUAUUGUCACGUCACCUAUACCAGUACUCCAGCCCAAAUCAGCGUUGUCCUCCUCAACUAACACCCUUCCAUCGAUUGGAUCCUUCAGACCCAAACUCUCUGAGAGCUUUUCUCACAAUCUCCCCUGCACCUCGACCGAACCACUCAUGAUCAUGGAUUCAGGACGUGAUCAACCGGAGCUAGUCGACCUUGUUUCGGACAGUGAGAGCGAUGAAGAAGUUUUCGAUCACCUCAAGUCUCCAGGACAUGAACCACUGCACAGAAACAUCAUUACCACGUCACACGCAGAUCCGAUGGGCACAAUGCAGAGACUGUUUCCACCAGUUCUUGACGCCGAGAAUAAUACACAACAAUCAGGUGAUGGGUCUCUGAGGCCUCUCUUGCACGAUGAUCAUGAGGCGUCGGAACACAAUUCGAGGAGCCCGUUGAGUGGGAACGGCGGCAGCGUUAUACGUACAGGAGCACCCAGAAGUACUGGGGCUGCUGAUUCGCACACUCAAAACCCUGUCAUCUUGGACAUACUCGACGACGACAACAGCAGCAGCAUAAGUGACACUGCCAUGGGGAGCGAUGACGGUCGUAACGGAUUGCGGGUGCUACCAGGUUUGAAGCCAAAUCCGAAAUCAAGACGACAGCCACAGGGGAGUCGGAAGGAAGAUGAGAAGGAUACAAAACUCACCACCACUGUCGAUCUAUCACAGUUGUCUGACGAAGAUGACGAUGACUGGCGGCGUGCGGUUGAGCUGUCUUUGCAAGACUCAGCAGCACACGACAAUGCCAACGUUAGCCCGAGCGGGAACGACAGCAAUCCAGAAUCUGAAGACGAAAGCCUCAAGAAAGCAAUCGCACUUUCUCUAUUAGAUGCAGAUGCGGUGAGUGACGACAACGGUAGUACUAGCGGCAGUCCUGCAAAGUGCAACAACCAAGACGGCAUGAGGACCACUAAGCCAGAGGUGAAACUAGAUAAGAGCAAUGACACCGAAUUAUAUGGCAUUAAUGCAGCGGCCCAGCACUCAGACGGUGACACGCGAAAAGAGCGCUGUACGACAGAAACAACCUUGUCGGAUAGUCUAGCUACACCCACUGCAAAGUCCGACCCUAUUGUUGGUUCUACUGCUACAAACCUCGACGGCGAUUCAUCAAAGGACAAAUCUGCGUUCAGUAUUCUCACUCUGAACCGCAAACAGAUGGAAGAAGAACGAUUGGCGAGACUCAAGCGCAAGCGCGAGAGCGACCUCGAGGCCGCCAACGACAAAGAUUCGAAACAAAUUCGCCUGGACCACACGGCGUCUUCGGCUCGAAGCAUCUCUCCUCCUGCCCACCAACGACAAGCUCAUCGGACAGGUACUCAAUAUUCAACAGGACUGUCUUCUGCGACGGCCAAUACAAGACUAGGGAAGUCAAGCACGUCAGAUUCUUCCCAUAGCCAUUCAUCUGCUCCUUCACCAACGUCACCGCCCUUUUCGACGGGCAAGGUCUUCAAAACCGCCCUCGCCGACGCAAGCACUGUAUCGUCCAUCGACACCAUCUCUUUUGCCCAACUUAUUUCCCCAUCCAAGUGUCUUGAAUCGGCCCUGCUCUCUUCCUUCAUCUGGGACUUUGACUGGCUCUUUCCACAUUUCGACACCAAACGCACCAAGUUCCAGCUUGUCAUGCAUGGCAAAUCCGCCGCGCAGCGCGCGUCGAUUCGCGCCGAGUUCGCUGGCGUGAACAACGUGCGCAUCGCUUUUCCCCCGAUGGAUGGCAUCACCAACUGUAUGCACAGCAAGCUCAUGCUUCUGUUCUACACUGACGAGCCUGCGUCAAAGGAGGCAGCGCCCCAGAUGACACCGUGCUCGGGGAGGGAAACGAAGCAGGACUGGUCGAGGAGAUGUCGCGUCGUCGUUCCGACGGCAAAUCUCGUUGGCUUCGAUUGGGGGGUCGGCUCCUUCAUGGAGAACACUGUGUUUGUUAUCGAUUUGCCCGGGAACAACAUCUCAACGUCAAGCACCUCUACAGGAAGAAAAACAGAAACAGAAAGGACAACAGGGAUAGCAGACGCCAAGGGAAAGACGCAGUUCGAAGCCUCGUUGAGAGCAUUCCUCGAGGCGCAAACGGUGCCCGACGACGUCCUUGCCAAAUUGUCCUCCUUCGACUUCAGUCUCACCUCCGACCUAGCCUUCGUGCAUACCUUGGGCGGCGCCCACACGAAACCCCAAAUAGUCCAGAGUACUGGUCUGCCAGGCCUGGCCAACGCCGUAACGCAGCUUGGGCUCGCGACUCGCCGAGAGCUGCAGCUGGACUACGUCACGUCCUCACUGGGCAAUCUGAACGAGACCUUUAUGCGUAAUGUCUACAACGCGGCACAGGGCGAUACCUCGGUUGGUGGCGGUCUGGCCACUGCGCCACCGUUAUCGUUCUCGUCGUCGUCGUCAUCGACAUUUUUUCGACGAGCGGAACCGAUCAAGACAAAGACAGCAGCAGGUUUGCUGCAUGAUGCAGGGGUGGACGACGGUGAGGAAGGCCACGGCGGCGAAAGCGAGGGCGAACGAGAUGCAUGGAGGAAGAAUUUUCGGGUUUACUACCCCAGCGACACCACUGUCCGAAGCUCCAAAGGAGGAAUGCACAAUGCGGGCACCAUUUGUUUCUCGAGCAAGUGGUGGGCGCAGCCUUCGUUUCCGCGGUCGAAUUUGCGCGACUGCGUUAGUCUGCGAGAGGGAUUACUGAUGCACAACAAAAUUCUCUUUGUCAGACCUACGUCGACUGGCUCCGAGGCCCAGCAUAGGCCUUCAAACGAACACGCACAGCCACAACGGCCAUGGAUGUACGUGGGAAGCGCGAACUUGUCGGAGAGUGCUUGGGGAAAAUUGGUUCAGGAUAGGUCGAGCAAGCAGCCUAAGCUCAAUUGUCGAAACUGGGAGUGUGGAGUCAUUAUUCCGCUGCCUCUGACGAACGAAGGAACAGAGACAAACGGGAUCGCCGGCCCAGGCGAAACCGAAACUCACAGUAGUAGCGAGAGUCUUGCUGACUUUGAAAAGAUCGUCGCCGUUCCCAUGAGAUAUCCUGGCGAGAGUUUCGUAGCAAAGGGACAGAAGAAACCGUGGACGCUGUUUGAUUGAUGUGGUGCCCCCCCCCUCUCUGGUACGGUAACGGAGUAAUAGAUCAGGCCUUUCCGAAUGAUAAUGCUC